UUAUAAUUUUCAAUUUAUUUCCAUUAAAAUAAUACUGUUUAACAUUAAUUGAAUUAUUAGAAUAUGAUUUUGUGUAUUACUCAAUUAACUUUUAGCAUUACUUAUUUAAUCUGUAGAUUAUAAUACCCAUCUAGUCUAUCAUAUCUUAAUCAUUUUACACAUUUCGUUUUAAAUCAAAUUGAAAAGCCUCGCCUGGAACAAAGCGAAUAUGGCCACAGACAAGGUGACACUGACUGAUGCAUUGUCAAACGUGGACGUACUCGAUGAACUUACACUGCCUGAUGAACAACCAUGUAUAGAAGCACAACCAUGUUCAAUUCUUUAUCAAGCUGAUUUUGAUACAAAUUUUGAAGAUCGUAAUGGAUUUGUAACAGGCAUAGCAAAAUAUAUUGAAGAAGCCACUGUUCACGCCAGUCUUAAUGAAUUGUUAGAAGAAGGACAAGUGCAUGCGGUCAUGCUUUACACAUGGCGUUGUUGUUCAAGAGCAAUUCCACAGCCAAAAUCCAAUGAACAACCAAAUCGAGUUGAGAUAUAUGAAAAAACUGUUGAGGUUUUAGGACCUGAAGUCAAUAAACUGCUUCAGUUUAUGUAUUUUCAAAGAAAAGCAAUUGAACGGUUUUGUGGAGAAGUUAAACGUUUGUGCCAUGCUGAAAAACGAAAAGACUUUAUAUCUGAAGCAUACAUAUUAACACUUGGAAAAUUUAUUAAUAUGUUUGCCGUACUUGAUGAACUAAAAAAUAUGAAAUCUAGUGUGAAAAAUGAUUACUCAAGCUAUCGCCGAGCUGCUCAAUUUUUAAAAGUCAUGGCAGACUCUCAUACACUUCAAGAAUCUCAAAAUUUAUCUAUGUUCUUAGCUACACAGAAUAAAAUUAGAGAUACAGUUAAAGAAAAUUUAGAAAAAAUUCCUGCAUAUGAAGAACUUUUAUCAGAUGUCGUCAAUUUAUGUGUACAAAUGUUUGAAUCAAAAAUGUAUCUUACUCCAUCAGAAAAACAUAUGCUUGUUAAAGUUAUGGGAUUUGGAUUGUUUCUUAUGGAUAAUGAAUUAUGUAAUAUUAAUAAAUUAGAUCAAAAGAAAAAACUUAAUUUAGGCAAAAUUGACAGAAUUUUUAAGAAUCUGGAAGUUGUUCCUCUAUUUGGAGACAUGCAAAUAGCACCAUUUAAUUAUAUCAAGCGAUCUAAACAUUUUGAACCUGGACGUUGGCCUCUUUCUAGUUCGCCUCAAAUCAGUCCUCAAGCAGAUCUCAUGGUGCAUUUACCUCAAAUAAGGGAAGAUCAUGUGAAGUAUAUUAGUGAAUUGGCACGUUAUAGUAAUGAAGUGACAACUACAUAUAAAGAAACAAGAACAGAUACCGAAAACAAAGAUACAGCUGAAUUAGCAUUAAGAGGUUUACAAUUACUGUCCGAGUGGACAAGUGUUGUCACAGAACUUUAUUCUUGGAAACUACUUCAUCCUACUGAUCACCAUCAAAAUAAAGAAUGUCCUGUUGAAGCUGAAGAAUAUGAACGAGCUACACGAUACAAUUAUACAGAUGAAGAAAAAUUUGCACUUAUUGAAGUAAUAGCGAUGAUAAAAGGAUUACAAGUACUCAUGGCUCGUAUGGAAACAGUUUUUACUGAUACUAUUCGUCGUAAUAUCUAUGCAGAAUUACAAGAUUUUGUUCAGUUAACAUUGAGAGAACCAUUAAGAAAGGCCAUUAAGAAUAAAAGAGAUCUUAUUAGAAGUAUACUCGUUUCAGUUCGAGAAACUUGUGCUGACUGGCAGAGAGGUGUAGAGCCAUCUGCAGAUCCAGCUUUGAAAGGAAAGAAGGAUCCAGAUAUUGGAUUUGGAAUUAAAGUGCCUAGAAGGAAUGUUGGUCCAUCAUCUACCCAACUUUACAUGGUGAGGACAAUGUUGGAAUCAUUAAUUGCAGAUAAAUCUGGUGGUAAACGUACUUUACGAAAAGAUAUUGAUGGACAAUACCUAAUGCAAAUUGAUCAAUUUCAUAAGACUUCAUUUUUUUGGAGCUAUCUCCUUGGAUUUAGUCAGUCAUUACAACAAUGUUGUGAUCUUUCACAACUAUGGUAUCGUGAGUUUUAUUUGGAAAUGACUAUGGCAAGGCGUAUUCAAAAAUGUACUGUCAAACAUCAGCACAACGAAGAAUGUAGUGAUUUGAUUACAAUGGAGAAGAGAAUUCAGUUUCCUAUUGAAAUGUCAAUGCCUUGGAUAUUGACUGAUCAUAUUUUGAAGACAAAAGAACCAUCCAUGAUGGAAUACGUCUUAUAUCCACUAGAUUUGUACAAUGACAGUGCUCAUUAUGCUUUAACUGUAUUCCGCAAACAAUUUUUAUAUGAUGAAGUUGAGGCUGAAGUGAACCUUUGCUUUGAUCAAUUUGUUUACAAAUUAAGUGAACAAAUCUUUGCUCAUUAUAAACAAUUAGCAUCUAGUAUAUUAUUGGACAAAAGAUUCCGUGUGGAAUGUGUUGCUAUGGGAACAUACCUUAUUUUAUAUCCAAGAGCAAAUAGAUAUGAAACUCUGUUAAAACAGCGACACGUACAAUUAUUGGGACGCAGUGUAGAUUUAAACAAACUUAUUACACAGCGAGUAAAUGCAGAUAUGUUAAAGUCUUUGGAGCUAGCUAUUGCAAAAUUUGAAGGUGGUGAUAUCACUGGAAUUGUAGAAUUGGAAGGUAUUAUGCAAGUUAACAGAUUAUGCCACAAAUUAUUAUGCAAACAUCUAGCUUUGGAUGAAUUUGAUGCCAUGUUUCGUGAAGCUAAUCAUAAUGUUUUGGCUCCAUAUGGCCGUAUUACUUUACAUGUUUUUUGGGAAUUAAAUUAUGAUUUUUUACCAAACUACUGUUAUAAUGCUGCUACCAAUCGUUUUGUUAAAUGUCGAGGCAUAAGUUUCACACAACCUGUACAAAGGGAUAAACCUCCUCAAAUGGGACAUCAGUAUUUGUGGGGCAGCAAACAAUUGAAUCUUGCAUAUACUACUAUUUAUGGACAAUAUACUGGAUUUGUUGGUGCUCCACAUUUUCGUACUAUGUGUAAAAUGUUAGGUUAUCAAGGAAUUGCUGUUGUUAUGGAAGAGUUGUUAAAAAUAGUCAAGUCAUUAAUUCAGGGAAAUCUUUUACAAUUUGCAAAAACAUUAAUGGAAGCUAUGCCUAGACAAUGCAAAUUACCACGAUAUGAUUAUGGAUCACCCGGUGUAUUAGGAUAUUAUCAUGCUCAGCUUAAUGAUAUAGUUCAAUAUCCUGAUGCAAAGACCGAAUUGUUUCACAAUUUUCGAGAAUUAGGCAACACAAUUUUAUUUUGUUUGUUGAUGGAACAAGCAUUGUCUCAAGAAGAAGUUUGUGAUCUUUUACACGCUGCACCAUUCCAAAACAUUUUACCUAGACCUUUUACUAAGGAAGGUGAAAAGACAGAAAGUAAACAAAAACGGUUAGAAGCAAAAUAUGCUGCUCUACAAAUUGUUCCUAAUAUUGAACGAUAUGGAACAGCUAAACAAGUAACAAUAGCUCGUGAUGGAGACCUAUUAACACGUGAGCGUUUAUGUUGUGGUCUAUCAAUAUUUGAAGUGGUACUUUCAAGACUUCGAGGUAUGUUAGACGACCCUGUAUGGGUGGGUCCACCACCUCAAAAUGGUGUAAUGAACAUAGACGAGUGUACAGAAUUUCAUAGACUAUGGUCAGCACUACAGUUUGUCUAUUGUAUACCAGUGGGUGAUACAGAGUUUACUGUUGAGGAACUUUUUGGUGAAGGACUUCAUUGGGCAGGUUGUACAAUGAUUGUUCUACUUGGUCAACAGAGAAGAUUUGAGGCACUUGACUUUUGCUAUCAUAUACUUAGAGUCCAACGAGUUGACAGCAAAGAUGACAAUGUUAAGGGAAUUCACUUGAAACGUAUGGUUGACAGAAUUCGUCGUUUUCAAGUAUUGAAUUCACAGAUUUUUGCUACAUUGAACAAAUAUUUAAAAGCUAAUGAAACAGAUGCUAGUGCAGUAGAACAUGUUAGAUGCUUUCCACCUCCUGUACAUCCAUCUCAUCCUUCAUCCCAUUAUUAUAGACCUGAUCAAACUGGGUCACGAUAAACUCUUGACUAUUUCUUGAAGUACUUUUAAUUUAUUGUAUAACAAAAACUAAAUAUCUACCUACCUAUUAUAUAUGUUUUAAUUUAA